CAUGGCCGAAUACUCAAAGAACGAAAUCGUAUAGAGAUUGGUUCGAAAAUACUGAGACUCAGUUAGUUGCUCUUCGUGAACAAAGUGUAAAAAACGAAGAAGAAAAAGAGAAAAAGAAGAGAAGGGAGCAAUAUUUCAUUGCUUAA